AUGGGGGCUGAUAGCUUGCGGGAUGCCGACCCACAGAGGCUCAGCAAGCAGACCCUUUACACUGGGCCAGUGCUAAAAUUCCAGUUUUGCAUCUCCGGAGGGUACAGCAAGGUGUUCCAGGAGUACUCCCGGUCCAUCAGCCAGUUGUACCUGGACAUCCACAUAGAAGGAGACAAUUACCCUCCACACAACCAUCAACAAGUAAGUGGACACAUCAUUGCCUUCAAACUUCUUGCCAUUGCCCUGGUUGUCAGUGGACAAAAUCCCUUCCCUAUGCUUGGACUGGAUACUCCCAGAGUAUGGACAUGGAGUCAAGAAAAUAAGAUAUUCUCGUGCCUUAUGACAUUCUUUCUCAGUAACAUGUUGGAGACCCACUUCUUGUCCACCGGUGCAUUUGAAAUCACACUAAAUGACAUACCAAUCUGGUCCAAGCUGCAGUUAGGAUACGUACCCAACAUCCAGGAGGAAAGACAGAGCCUGACCUUCCACCCGGACCUGACCUUCCACCCGUACCUGGCCCACCACCGGAGGCCCAGGAGGAGUGGAGAUAUCCUGUUCGACAGCGAAGGGCACCUCAAAAGCUUGACCUGUGAGUUGAGCUGUUUCAGGAGGUAA